AUGGCUAGUCCUCCUGUUCUAGCUUUCGACGCCGAGGUAGCUGUUGACUCGCGUCCUGCGUCUGGGGGUGCUGAGCCUAGGAGUGCUGAGUCUGGGGGUGCUGGGCCUGGAGGUGCGGAGCCUGGGGGUGCUGAGCCUGGGGGUACGGAGCCUGGGGGUGCUGAGCCUGGGGGUGCGGAGCCUGGGGGUGCGGAGCCUGGAGGUGCUGAGUCUGGGGGUGCUACGCCUGGAGGAGCCCUCUCCUCCCAGCAGCUGCAGGAGAGGUACCUCGAGUACUGCCGCCUCCGGAGAGGUGCUACUGGAGCUCGUCCCGUUUACUUCCCCUCCUUCCCAGGAGCUCCCCCCCAUUCAGGUGAUUCGAGAGUGGUACACACGGCGCUGCACUGCUCCUGGUGCUGCGGACCCGACUGGUGGCGCGCUGCUGGUAAGAGGACGGAUGUUGGAGCUGCUGCUGGAGCUGAGGACCCGAGCGGUGGCGCUGCUGCUGCUGCUGAGGACCCGGGCGUUGGAGCUGCUACUGGUGCUGCGGACCCGACUGGUGGCGCUGCUGCUGGUGCUGAGGACCCGACCGGUGACGCUGCUGCUGGUGCUGCGGACCAGGGUGUUGGAGCUACUGCUGGUGCUGAGGACUUGGGCGCUGGGGCUGCCGCUGGUGUCCCUGCUGCUUCUGGAGACGCUGCGCGGCCGCGACCGUACUUCGUCCCGCUCCUUCAGCAGGUUCUUGGUCAGGCUCCUCCUCCUGGUCCUCCUCCCUCCGUCGAGGGUCCUCUACCUGUCCAGCCGCAGUCACAGUUACCGCCCGCCUCGCCUCUCCCGGCUCCCUCUCCUUACACUGGUCCCACAGGAGGUCUUAUAGAGCGUCGUGAGCCUGAGUCUCGUCCUGCGUCGCCUGUUCGUACCGCUCGCACUGGUCGUCGUGUCCCACGUGAGCGUCCUCCUCCUGUCCCUGGCACUCACUACAUGACGCUGCGUCCCUCCACUGCUCCGCAGCGUGUCCCGCUGCCGUCUCCUCCUGCGUCCUCCCUACCUACUCUUCGUGACCUGGAGUCUGACGCCCGUCGUGCUGCCAGUCCCACUGUUACGCGUCUCCUUGCUACCGUUGUCACUGACCCUUCUUUUGAGUCCGCCGCUGCGUCUGCUCUGGUCGCUGAGUUAGUUGACUUUGCUGCUUGCUGUCGCCUAGACUACGCUGCUAGCCUAGUGGCUGAGUCUGAGUCUGAGUCUGCCUGUCCUCCGUCCGUCGGGGGUGCGUGUGCUCUUGGCACGGACGUCCUUGAGGACAGACAGGAGGAGUUCCACUGCCUUGCUGCUGCUUUGCCCCGUCUCGUGUCCUUGCUAGUUGCCCCUGAGGGAGACCCGGAUGCACCAGACAUCCCGACCCCACGCUCUUACGCUGAGGCGAUGGCGGGUCCCUACUCCUCUCAGUGGCAGACAGCCAUGGACGCAGAGAUGGCCUCCUGGAAGUCCACAGGCACCUACGUAGACGAGGUUCCCCCUCCUGGGGCGAACAUCGUCAGUGGCAUGUGGAUUUUCAGGGUGAAGCGGCCGCCGGGUUCUCCACCUGUCUUCAAGGCGCGCUACGUGGCUCGAGGCUUCAGUCAGCGAGAGGGAGUAGACUUCUUUCAGACCUUCUCCCCCACCCCGAAGAUGACUACUCUUCGGGUGCUGCUGCACAUAGCCGCUCACCGCGACUACGAGCUUCACUCUCUUGACUUCAGCACUGCUUUCUUGCAGGGCAGCCUGCACGAGGAGAUCUGGCUGCGCCGCCCCCCUGGCUUCACUGGGUCAGUUCCUCCUGGCACCCAGUGGAGGCUUCAGCGGCCGGUCUACGGUCUCCGCCAGGCGCCACGUGAGUGGCACGACACACUGAGGACGACACUUGCGGCUCUUGGGUUCGCUCCCUCUACUGCUGACCCGUCGCUGUUUCUACGCACCGACACCUCGCUGCCGCCGUUCUACAUCCUCGUGUACGUCGACGACUUGGUCUUUGCCACUGCUGACACCGCGGCACUCGCUCACGUGAAGUCGGAGUUGCAGAGGAGACACACGUGCACAGACCUGGGUGAGCUGACGAGCUAUCUUGGCUUGCGGAUCACCCGGGACAGAGCACGGCGCACCAUCACCCUGACUCAGUCACACAUGGUGCAGCAGGUUCUCCAGCGCUUCCGCUUCACGUACUCCUCGCCUCAGUCCACUCCUCUGCCUACCGGUCACUCGCUCUCAGCUCUGCCUUCGGAUGAGUCCGUAGAGCCGAGUGGCCCGUAUCCAGAGCUUGUGGGCUGCCUCAUGUACCUGAUGACCUGCACUCGACCUGACCUUGCAUACCCUCUUAGCAUCCUAGCACGCUAUGUCGCUCCUGGCCGUCACCGGAAGGAGCACAUGGAUGCUGCUAAGAGGGUGUUGCGCUACUUGUGCAGUACGUCGGGCAUGGGGCUUGUGCUUGGAGGGCGAGACCGGGUUGUUCUCACAGGGCACUCAGACGCUUCUUGGGCAGACGACCAGGCUACUCAGCGGUCGUCCCAGGGUUACACCUUCAGUCUUGGCUCUGGCUCAGUUUCUUGGCGUUCUACUCGCUCUUCUUCUGUUCUCAGCUCCAGUUGUGAGGCUGAGAUCUACGCCACAGCCAUGGCUGCUCAGGAGCUACGCUGGCUGACCUACCUGCUGACCGACCUCGGAGAGCGGCCUCGUUCUCCUCCAGUACUGUACGUCGACAACAAGGCUGCCAUUGCCUUGUGUGAGGAGCACAGACUGGAGCACAGAACGAAGCACAUCGCUCUGCGGUACUUCCUUGCUCGAGAGCUGCAGCAGCGUGGUCAGCUUUGUCUGCGUUACGUGGCCACGGAGGCCAACACUGCUGAUGUGUUCACCAAGGCGCUUCAGCCUUGUGACCAUCAGCGCUUUUGCACGCUGCUAGGCCUUGUACCUACUGGGCCUCACUUGCUUACCUCUUGA